AUGAGCUUUGUGCAAGUGAGUCUUGUCGACCCAGAGCAAAGGAUCGUCUCCACUGCGAACGUACCACCGCAGAGAGGGGAUUGGUUUGGUGAUGCCUUGUUCCAAGCAGGGAAGGACUGGGGAAAGGUCUCGAAAGAGCUGACUGGGUUUUUGAUCGAGCAGGGUGUUGAGGUUCCGAUUGGGGUGUUGCAGGAGAUCCAGAACGUUGGGGGCGGAGAGAAAGACAAAGCUAGAAUAAAGAGACCGCACCUGCCAAAUGAGCUGAUGGAUAUGGUAUGGGAUGAACUGAGUGAUGAUCACUCGGAGGCGCUGAUGCCGAGGAGAGCGGCCGAGGAGAUAAGGCUGGAGUUGAUGGAAGGGAGAGAGAGGUUUCGGAAGAAGAUGGAGGAGAAUUUGGGCGAGGAUAGGUCUCGCUGGAUGAUUCCGGCAUCCUGA